UGAAUAAGAUCUCCGGAUGUCUCUGGCUAAUGCCGCGGCAGCUAUUAUUCUGAAGUCAAACUUUUAGACUUUAUCCACUCUUUCUCUUUCCCACUGUCAUUAUUCUGUUCUUGAAGUCUUUUCUUUUAUGAUUCAUCAUGCUGCUGAUGAUAAUUGAUAAAAAUCAUUUUAAAAUGAAUGAUUCUUUGAAUGUUUUACUUAACGGAGGGAUGAGGGAGGUUUAGAUUGAAGUGGUUUUGUCACAAGGGUCAUAAAAAUUCUAAAGUAUUUCCUGAACUUUAUAGUUGAAUGCAUACAACUAUUAUUUGCAAAUUUUUCUCACAUUCAGUUUUGAAUGCUAUGCAAUUUGAUAUAUGAAAGAGUACGUAGAAACUAUCAUCCUCAAUACUGUACUUCGAAAAUUCGGAAAAAUACACUUGUAAUUCAAUACAAUAGGUGUUUCGAAAUAAUUUUUUUCUUUCGUUAAAUUCAAUGUUCAUAUGAAAGUAGUUAUUUCAAAAAGCAUUUUUCUUUCAAUUUGUAUCUAAAAGAAACGUAUGUGUAUGAGUUUUUAUUGUUGUUAUUUUGUUCUUCCCUUCUUUGGAAGUUUCCCACAUUUACUCUAGCCUUACAUUACUCAUUUUAUUGAACUAGCUUCAGUUCUAGUUUCGUUAUUAUUACAAGAGGUAGUACUGAGUUUGGCUAUUGCAAUGAAAGAAUUGGUAGAGAACUCCAUAGAUGCAGGAGCUACUAUAGUAAAUAUUCAUCUAGUAGAAUAUGGAUCAGAACUUCUGGAAGUAUCUGAUAAUGGAUCUGGUGUCAUGAGUGAAAACUUCAAAGCAUUAACUUUGAAACACUAUACAUCUAAAAUCAGCAAAUUCAGUGAUUUGCAAAAUUUAGGAACCUUAGGUUUUAGAGGAGAGGCCUUAAGUUCUCUUUGUGCUUUAUCUGAUUUGAUGAUUAGUACAAGACACGAACUUGCAAUUCACGCCACUAAAAUCACGUACAAUCGUAAUGGUGAAAUAUUGAGUCAAAUCACAACUGCAAGAGAGCAGGGUACAACGGUAACAUUGAAAAACUUGUUUUCUUCGUUACCUGUGAGGCGAAAAGAGUUCAUGAAAAAUUUGAAGAGGGAAUUCAGCAAAAUGUGUCAACUUCUUUAUGCAUAUUGCUUAGUUUCGAAAGGAAUCAAGUUUACUUGUACCAAUGUUACCAGUAAGGGUGUCAAAACUACUGUUGUUGCCACAGAUGGUAAACAAAGUGUAAGAGAAAAUGUUAUCAAUAUUUUUGGAUCGAAACAAAUUUCUUCAUUGAUUGACGUUGAGGUUGCUAUGCCAGAUGACCACAUUUCAAGCGAAUUUGGGGUAAAGUUAGCUGCAGAGGAGCAACUUCCAUUCACCUUUGAGUUUCUAAUAUCUAGUGUAACUCAUGGAAGUGGCCGAAGUGCCACAGAUAGACAGUUUUACUACAUAAAUUCGCGUCCUGUGGAACCUACAAAAAUAAUGAAACUUGUCAAUGAAACAUACAAGCAGUUCAAUUGUCACCAGUAUCCCUUUGUAUAUUUGAAUAUUGUUUCAACAUCUCUAUUAGUCGAUGUCAAUGUGACACCAGAUAAAAGGCAGGUAUUUGUUGAAAAUGAAAAAAUACUAUUAGCAACCAUCAAGCAAUCACUACUAGAAGCAUUCAAGACAUUUCCUUCGACUUAUAAAAUGCAAAACUUGGAUAUUUCCAAAAUGAUUCCUUUCAGCAGUAAGCCAGAGAGAGGUAUUAAGAGAAGUUUGACAGAACAUACAAUAAAAAAUGGUAGUAUAAGGGAAAUGUUCAAGAAGCGAUCGAAGACAGAUCCCAGCCCUAGAAAAUCUCUCAAUUCAUUUUCAUUUUUCUCAAAUAAAAUUUCAGAUAAAAUUGACGAUACUUUAGUAGAGAGAGAUUACCAAGAAAAAGAAACUAUCCAAAAUAACUCAGAUGGUGUAGAAUCCGAAGCUGAAAAAGAUCUGGACAUGUUAAUAGAAUUAGCUUGUCAAUUAUCAGGUAAAAAAGAUCGAGAACAACUUAUUGAUACAACAGAGAAUAAGGAAUCAGAAACCAACAAUUUGGAAAUAAGUCUUGAUCAGCCCGUUGACAAUAAUGUAACGAAAAAAUCUGUAGUUUUUAAUAUCACCCUUGAUCAAAUAAAAAAAGUUUUGGAAACCAAGGACGAUCCAAAAAAAGAUAAAAGCAUCACGGUAAAAUUCAGAUCAGAAAUCAGCCCGGAUAAUAACAAAUCAGCAGAAGAAGAACUUCAAAAACAGAUUCAGAAAACGGAUUUUAGUAAAAUGGAAAUUGUCGGGCAGUUUAAUCUAGGUUUCAUUAUAACAAAACUGAGCAAUGAUUUAUUUAUAAUCGACCAACAUGCUACUGAUGAAAAAUACAACUUCGAGCAGCUCCAACUGAAUACUGUCAUUGACAGCCAGGUUUUGGUAAACCCCAAAGCUCUGGAACUAACUACAGGCAGUGAAAACCUUUUGAUAGAAAAUUUGGACAUUUUCAAGAAAAAUGGGUUCUCAUUCAUAAUAGAUGAAUCGGCUCCCUGUACAAAGAAAGUUCACUUAACAGCAAUACCUGUAAGCAGAAAUUUCGUUUUUGGAAAGGACGAUAUUGAUGAAAUGCUAUUCAUGUUACAGGGUUUCAAUCAUAAAAUGUGCAGACCGAGUAGAGUAAGAGCUAUGUUUGCUUCAAGGGCUUGUAGAAGUUCCGUUAUGAUCGGCAAACAUUUAUCAAAAUCAGAUAUGAGGCGACUAGUUGACCACAUGGGACAAAUUGACCAACCAUGGAAUUGUCCACAUGGAAGGCCAACCAUGCGCCAUCUCAUUAAUUUGGACCUGAUAGGAAAUCCUGAAUGAAAUUCAUUUUUGUGUAAUAAAAGUUUUAAUAAAAAAAUAGUUCAAACACUUA